ACUGAAGAACAUAAAUCAACAGGCGUCAAGGAGCUGGGCGCGGCCGCCCGCUGCAGGCCCCGCCUGGAGGGCCGACACCCGCCCGGGCCCACGCAGGUCUUGUCCUUCCGGCGGGUGUCGAUGGUUCGCUCCCGCGGCGCGCAUGCGCAGCGCCUCGUCCCGCCGCGCCGGCCGGCUCCACAUCGGCGGAAGGGCGAGCGGAGAGCCGGCGGGGAGAUGGACGGCAGCGGCAGGGAGGAGCUGGACAUGGAAGUAAUGAAGCCUUUAAUUGAAGAACAAAAUUCGGAUGGCCUCUCAGAUGAAGAGCGUGAAAAUAAUUUCCUGCCGGUUGAGAAGCAUUACCAGCUUGAUAAUGAAGAAGGCAUUACGUUUAUACAAACACUUACGCACCUCCUCAAGGGAAACAUUGGAACUGGGCUUCUUGGUCUUCCACUUGCGAUAAAAAAUGCUGGCAUUGUGGUUGGACCGAUCAGCCUGGUGUUCAUAGGAGUUGUAUCUGUUCACUGUAUGCACAUCUUGGUACGUUGCAGCCACUGUCUAUGUCAGAGGAUGAAAAAAUCCUCGCUGGGGUAUAGCGAUACAGUUAGUUACGCCAUGGAAGUGGGGCCUCUGACUGCUCUUCAGAAACGAGCUUCUUGGGGACGGUAUAUUGUCGACUUUUUCCUAGUGAUAACACAGCUGGGAUUUUGUAGCGUUUAUGUUGUGUUCUUGGCAGAAAAUGUGAAACAAGUCCAUGAAGGAUUCUUGGAAAACAAGACUGCUCCCAUAAAUGUCAGUGCCGCCAGCAGUUCCUCUGAGAAAAGGAGCACCGAUUUACGAAUAUACAUGCUGUGUUUCCUGCCAUUCCUGAUCCUCCUGGUCUUUAUUCGUGACCUUAAGAGCCUGUCCUUUCUUUCUUUGCUUGCCAAUCUGUCCAUGGCUGUCAGCCUGGUGAUCAUUUACCAGUAUAUUGUUAGAGAUAUAGUAGAUCCUCGAAAACUGCCUCCCAUGGUCGGCUGGAAGAAAUACCCGCUGUUUUUUGGGACUGCAAUAUUUGCUUUUGAAGGAAUUGGUGUGGUACUGCCAUUGGAAAACAGAAUGAAGGACACCACGCGUUUCCCGCAGGCGCUGAACAUUGGCAUGGGAAUAGUCACGACCUUGUACAUCUCACUAGCCACUCUGGGGUAUCUGCGCUUUGGGGAUGAAAUCAAAGGCAGCAUCACUUUAAACCUGCCACAAGAUAUAUGGUUGUAUCAGUCUGUAAAAAUUCUGUACUCCUUUGGGAUUUUUGUGACCUAUUCGAUUCAGUACUACGUCCCUGCAGAGAUCCUCAUUCCAGCUGUCAUCUCCAAAGUGGAGCAGAAGUGGAAGUUACUCUGUGAGCUUGUGGCGAGAGCACUUUUAGUCUGCUCGACCUGUGCUGUAGCAGUUUUGAUCCCUCGCCUAGACCUGGUGAUUUCUUUCGUCGGGGCCGUCAGCAGCAGCACUCUGGCACUGAUUCUGCCCCCUCUAGUUGAAAUCCUCACUUUCUACAAGGAAAACUUGAGUUUAUGGACGAUAUUUAAAGACAUUUUCAUAGCUGUCAUUGGAGUGGUUGGUUUUUUAACAGGGACGUAUGUGACGGUUGAAGAAAUCAUUUAUCCUGUGUCCACAGUUCUAGCUAACGCAACAGAGAGCAUCCCUGUGGAUUUAAAUGCUACGAACUUGGUGGUUGGUUUAAAGUAAUAACCAGGCACUGUGAACUGUUUUGUUCCCUAACAAGAAAUCCUAGAUGGAUGGCAGACCUACAUGUGGGAGAAGUUCCAUUUCCAAAUGAAUUUUUGAAAAAUAGCCUGCAGCCCUUUCUCACUUUGUUCUUUCCUUCAUUCCUUCCCAUCUACCUGAAUUAAGACCUUUGCUCUCACCUUCUGCUCAUCAACUGAAUUGAUGUCAGGAUUUAAAAUAUAUUCAUAAAUAUAGGAAGGAAAUAUGAUUUUAGGUUAUUUGCAAGUAAAAAAGAAGAGUUUUUAUAAGGAAGUCAAGAUGCCUUCCUCCUCAGAAAAGGUGGAAGUCAAUCCAUUCAUACUAUCUAGGCACCAAGUCUAGGCACUCCCGUUUUCACUCCGGCUCUGUUGUAAGGGUUGGAGUGGGAGCUCAGUGAUGCACGGACCUUCUCUUGGCUGUCUCUGACGGGGUGAAUUGCACCCCAGUGAACCAGAGACACUAUAGUUUUAGAGAAGAGCAGCUGUGUUUCUCAUUUCCGUUCUGGGGACUUAGAUGUUUGUCGUGGAGAAGUUUUCGGGUAGUUGCUGUUGCCUGGCUCUGGUUCCUGGGAGUCACUAUGUCUGGAAUUGGAGUGCGUUAUGCAGAAUGACUGUGACUCUUGUUCAGUCUUUUUACAUUGGCUCCAAGGGGAGUUUUCAAGCGAUUGGGAGGACCAAGCCCACCCUGGUUAGCAUAGCCGACCACUGCUGGUGGUUGGUUACACGACAGUAAGCAUAAAGGCAUUUUUUUUUUAUGCCAACUAUCUUAACAUUUAGGCUGAAGAGUGGACAAGGGUGUAAGAUUUAGAGGUAAAGGCUGGAUCUUUUAUUAGACCGAAAGACAGCCGUUUAGGGGUGUUCUUGCCAUCUUCGCUAUAAGUUCUUGCACCAUGAGCUGUUCAGCGUGGCCAGACCCCUGCUCCAGCGAAAUGGCAGCUGAGAUGCUCAGUGGAGCCACGGAGCAGCUGAAAGAUUCCCGAUGUUAAUUUCUGUAUAAGCUGUGGGUUAUUUGUGAAGGAAUUUGUGAUUCCACAGCACUGUGAGCUGGGGAGCACUGGGGGUAUCUGCUUUGAAGCUCUUUCUCCCUGGAGCGCACCACCAGCCUGCAGGUCGUCUGAAGGUGUGGGUUGUCUCAGGACUUGCUUUCAACUACUGGUGCUUUGUAGGGAGGUACAGCUUAUGUGAGACGUAGGGUAUACAUGCGAAGAGAUAUUUUUUUAGAAAGCAAAUAUAUAUCCCUUUUGGAUUUUGAAUCCAAAGUUACAGGAUGUUGUUUAUCAGAGCAAUAUUGCUUUCUUUAAUGAUGCAAAAACAUUUAACACCACAAAUGAGAAGUAGCUUAUUUUUGUACAUUUUGGUAACUGCUGUCCUGACUCUUUUUUUACGCCAUUUCUUUAUCCCUGAUUUCAACUAUACAAAUGUAUGAAAUACUGUAUUUUUUUUAACCUAUUACUAGAAGUCUGUAGACUGCCUAUCUAUUUUUCUAUCGGAACAUAUAAUAAUUAUUUUUGCAUUCUUAUGUUCUGCCUUAAAUAGGAUCUAACAUGCCCUUUACUGAAUUUUUUUGCUUCUUCUGUCCAUUUUGGAAUCAAAAAAGAACAAGUUGAUGCUAAGUUGGUAAUUGGGUAGAAAUGAGUUUUGUUCAGCGCGUUGAGUCCCCAGCCGGAAUCCUGAUUUUCAGGGUUCAUAUAUGACUCUCUGGCUCACAUUUCACAGAGGACUUUCACUCCAAAUGCUAAAGCUAUAUUUUUAGUCUUGUUUUCUAAAAGCACUCUAUAUUUUGUACGAUGCCAGGACUGUAUUUAUCAUACUCAUUCCUGUUAUGAAGAAACUCCUUUUUCUAAGAAAUAUUUUCAAUUAUAACAUUCCCCCAAGAAAUAUGGUACACCAAAACUUCUCUACUGUAUUCAUACAAAUUAAGAUAGAAGUAUAUGAAGUACAAUCUUGUGUUAAGAUAGAUGUAUACGUAGUAUUUUGCUUGCCUUUAGUAUAUUCCUCAGAAAUCUACCAUUUGGUAAUCUACCAUUUGGCAUUACAGUGCUAGAGUAAUAUACCGCUAGAUAUAUCGAUAUUUAUAUUUUCUCUUCAGAAUAUUUCCCCAGUCAUCUACCAUGUGGUGACUGUGUUUGAGCACUUUCAUCUCCACGUUGAUGAGGGCAUUUUUGAUAGGGAUUUGUUAUAGCACGUAGUACAAACUGCAUGUAUUUGUUCAAGCAAUAGUUCUGAGCAACGCUCUUAUUUUCAUUUUUGUGUGGACAAAGUUAAAUACUUGGCAGGCACUUUAAAGGGACGAGUCUCUGUGGGUGUGAUACCAUAGAAUUAACCUGGCGUCUGAAGGUGCCAGAGCGGAGCAAACACAGGUAGUUAGCAGAGGCAAAAGGUAACUUCAGCUUUUUGUCUUAAAGGGUUUUUUUAGUCUUUAAGCUGUUUUAAAAGGUUUUAAGUGUUUCCAUCUGUUCUAUAGCAAAUCUGUUGUUUACCUAAACCAUACACUACACUCUGAUAGAAUAUAUUUCUGUGCAGCAUGUUUUACUUGACAUUAAAUAUUUCUACAUGGAACACUUUUAGUAGGACCGAUAGGAUUGAAAUGAAAGUUGGUUUUUAUGUUAGUUUUGCAUCUUCCUACCCAUGUGUGUUUGGAGAACAAAGGGCCGUCGAGCCCAUUUGUAUCAUCUGUUCUGCAUCAGUUGUGUCCUAGUGAGCGCCUCUGAGAAGGUGCUUCUGCCAGGGUGCAGAAGGGCUUGACCAGGUCAGAGUUUGGUGGGGAUUUUUGGCCGGUGCAGGUGAAUACUGACAUGGUACUGUCAAUGAAGUUGGGUUCCAAGAACCUAAAUAGGUGGCCUUGGUACCCAGGUGAACGCAGCACAUCAUUUUGAAAGGCAGGCACUUUGUUUAGAAGCUUGAUAGGUUUGAGGAAUCUCAUCUUAGCCAUCAAACUUUGGGUAACCUGGCCCAAAUACGGACCCUUACGUGUCUUACUGCCCUGUCCGACGGGGGGCAGCCUGUCGAGGAGACGAUUUUCAGACCAAUGUACCGCCACUGUCUGACGAGGUAGGAAGUAGUGUGUUUGUGCAGUGGGCCAGUGUUGCCAUCUCUAACGAUGUUGUAUCUUUUGAAUCUUUAAGAUGUUUAUUAAUGUAUUUUGCACAAUGUCUGUUUUCUCCUACAGUGUAGGAUUUUUCUUUAUUUUAACACUCAUACAGUGCAUUUGUGUGGCCUGCUCUUUCAAAUAGAAAGAGCCAGGAAGCAGAGCAUCUUGCUUUGGAUAAGACUAAAAUGUCAUGUAGUGAAAAACUACUAAGUCUGAGUAAUAAGAGUGUUCCUGUGAAACAUUGCCAAAGAUUUAAAAGACAGGAAAUUCUGACAGAAACCUCUUCUGAAUAAUAAGAGUGAUCAUUCAGCUUUUGAAGUACUGUAAUAUAAAUUGCAAGUUAAGAUGCAGGGAGUGAACCUGAGAGAUUUAAUAGGUAUGGUUUACAUUAAUAUGUAUUUAAGAUGGAAAUGUACUUUAGCACAAGCAAAAUUAAACUGAAAAACGUAUGUGUUUGGCUUAUGUUCCUGACAAGGGACAGAAAGCUAUUGUAUUUAUAUACUGUACAUGCACUUAUAUUUUACAAUAUAAUAUUGUUAACAAUUCUAAUGUAAUUUAAUCAUUAGCGGCACUAUAAAUAACUGGAUCAUUUUCUUGGCUGUAACUGUUCAUCCUCAAAUAUCGGGCAAGUAAGAGGGUGGGUUUGCCUAAUGUUCUGUAACUUAAAUCUUGUGUAUCAAUAAAGACUACCAUAAUGUUA